AUGUCGGAUGAGGACGAACCGUUGAUCAUCGCCCCGGGCGGCGAUUUCAUCCUCGAUGUCGCCCAGGAAGAGGAAGGACCGCGUUUCUCAUACCGCGUAGAUUCAAAAGUCCUGCAAGAAAAGUCAAGAUACUUUGAGAACCUGCUCAGCGACCGCUUCAGCGAGGGACAGCAUUUGACUGCGGCCCUGGAAGCCUUGAGAAUGGGUGGGCACGCGACCAUGGCAGAUGUCCCAGUAGAGAAGCUACCACAUGUGUCUGUGGUCAACGUGGGCAGAACAGGAAUCACCAAGACUACCUCGCUUAUAAGACUAGUCGCAGACUUUUUAUGCGCUUUACACGGUCUGAAUCUCGACGCAGCGAAACUGCCCAUUGCCAAUUUAGCCAACCUCGCCGUUGUAGCCGACCGUUUCGAUGCGGUGGCAUGCUUGUCCAAAUUUGUGCACAAACGAUACAACUUGGCCCUACUCGAUGCAAAACCGAAAGGCAAAUCGGCCCCGUUGACAGAGGAGAAAGUACGUCAGAAGUUGUUUAUUGGCCUUUACUUUGAUAUGCCCAUGUGGGUGGCAAAGUACUCGAAGCAUCUCGUAAUACGAGACUCGGUGCAGUGGCGGCCAGAGACGGAGGAGGAUCACGCCAAGGCGCUGUGGUGGGACAUACCAAAUGGGAUCGAGGAGGAAAUGAUCCAGCGACGAGAGUACAUCUUAGAGACGAUCAAUUCUCUCCAGGCGCAUUUUCUCAAGCUUUACACUACCGGAGAGCGACAAUGCAAACUUGGCUACGACACCUCGAUCCAAUGCGACUCCUUUCAACUCGGUGAGAUGGUCCGCUUCUUCCACAAAAUUGACACCGUGCGCCUGCAAGGUAAAAUCUACGACAACGCCGAGCCAGUAUAUUACCUCGGUGACAUCGAGCGUCUCCUAACCUCAUUCCGGCAAUGCUCAAAUUACCAGGUCGACAUGAAUCACGCGCACUGCGGUCUGCGAUCACGACUCAUCCCACUGCUUGACCUAAUUCAGCAUCAUUUGAGUCUGGAGACUGGAACUCUGGACAUUGGCAUCUGUGCUGAGUGUUGGCACAACGAGAGAGACAGGUACGCGUGGUCUCUGGCGAAGAGACCGGUGAUGUGGGUGCACACUAGGUCUAUAUUCUCUGGUCAGACUGCAGGUCAUGCGCGCAAAGGAAAUCCUCAGCAAAAGCCGAGUGACUGUCUCGGUCGACAUGUUGCGGUAAGAGACAUGUAUAUGGCGGUGGACAGGCACUGGAGGGCAAAUUCGUUUUAG